UCUACCUACUGUAACGAGCUGAGCCGAUUGUAUGCGAAUGGUGGGGGAAAAAGCUUGAUAAGAGCUAUCGUACUAGAAGCUCCCCCAACAUCCAAUUCAACCAACCUUCUUCCAUACCACAACACCACAUCUGCCAUCCACGAAUUGACAAUUAUUCAAGUCAGGUACGCGAUCCAUUGCGUCGUUAUUUGGGUCUCCCCUUUUUUCUAUUUGGUCGUUUGCGAAUUUUCUCUUCGUCCCGAUUCUACGAUACUUUGAUAUCCCCACCCCUGAUAUAUACCACCAGUCUAGCACGCACGCGUUUCGCUUUGGUCUCCAUGAUGGCGACGGCUAAGAAUUUAAGGGUUCUUUCUGAGACUUGUUUAUACAAACUCCCACGAAAUCCUUCGAUUGGGACGAGGAAGAUGUCGACUCUUGCGAGCUUCAAGAUUCCUAAGGUGGUGAAUGAGGUGAAUGUAAGUUGUUCUUCUGGUUGCAUGUGGGGUUGUGGUAUGGAUGAUGGUGGGGGAUUGCGGGGUAGAUUGGAAUGUGAAUGUGAAUGUGAAUGUGAAUGCUAAUUUGAAGGGGGUAGCAUCAUUAUGCAAAGGGUUCUGCGCAGAGAGAGGGAUUGAAUAAGGCUUUGGAGGGAUUGCAGAAGAAAGCUCCAUUGGAGGUUCCCAUUGUUGUUGGGGGGAAGGAGGUAAGUUUUGGAAAUCUAUGAUGCCAUUGCGUGGUGGUUUUGUAGAAUUACAAUUUGCUAACUAACGAAUGAUUAGAUCAAAACCUCCAAGAUUCUUACACAACAAAAUCCUUCAAAUCACUCUUCUACCAUCGCCUCUUACUCUAAUGCCUCUCCUUCCGAUGUCUCUGCUGCUAUUGAUGCAGCACUGGCCGCAAAACCAGCAUGGGAAUCCCUCCCUUUCUCCGAUCGAGCCGCCAUCUUCCUCAAGGCUGCAGAUUUGAUUGCUGGAAAAUACAGAUAUGAAAUCAUGGCCGCAACCAUGUUGGGACAGGGAAAGAACGCAUGGCAAGCCGAGAUCGAUUCCGCUGCUGAAUUGGUAGAUUUCCUCCGUUUCAACGUUCAGUACGCCGAGGAAUUGUAUGCUCAACAACCUGCUCAUAACGCUCCCGGUGUCUGGAACAGAGUUGAGUAUCGUCCUUUGGAGGGAUUUGUUUAUGCGGUUACGCCAUUCAAUUUCACUGCUAUUGCGGGAAAUUUACCGGGUGCUCCGGCCUUGAUGGGUAAUGUGGUUGUUUGGAAACCAUCGGAUUCUGCGAUUGCUUCUAAUUGGUUGCUUUACAAUAUCCUUCUUGAAGCCGGUCUGCCCAAGAAUGUCAUCCAAUUCGUUCCUGGAAAUCCGGAAGAAGUUACAAAGGUCGUUCUGGCACACAAGAAACUCGCUGCUCUGCACUACACUGGAAGUACCGCUGUUUUCCGAAAGUUGUAUGGAGGAAUUGCUACUGGUGUUGCCGAGGGCAGGUAUCAGGGAUACCCACGAAUCGUUGGCGAGACAGGAGGAAAGAACUUUCACUUAAUCCACUCCUCGGCCGAUAUCGAAAAUGCAGCUAUUCAAACCGUUCGCGGUGCCUUCGAAUACCAAGGUCAAAAAUGUAGUGCCACAUCCCGAGCAUACAUUCCCAAAUCCGUAUGGCCACAAUUCAAAGAGAAACUCGUCGCCGAAACAUCAGCUCUUAAAAUUGGUGUCCCAUCUGAUCAUCAAAACUUCAUCGGUCCAGUCAUCCAUGCAGCAUCCUUCAACAAACUCUCCCGCGUAAUCGAAGACGCAAAGAAUGACAAAGAACUCACUCUCAUCGCUGGUGGAAAACACGACAACUCAAAGGGCUACUUCAUCCACCCAACCAUCUACCAAACCACCACCCCCUCUCAUCCCCUCCUCUCCACCGAACUCUUCGGCCCCAUCCUAACAUGCUACGUCUACGACAACACCAGCGAUCCCGUCGGCGCAUUCACCAAAGCCUGUGAGCUCGUCGGUUCAACCUCCGAGUACGGACUCACCGGCUCCAUUUUCGCAGCUGAUCGCGCGGCUAUUCGCUACGCGGAGGAUGCGUUGCGGAAUUCGGCGGGCAACUUUUAUAUCAAUUGUAAGAGUACGGGAGCGGUGGUGGGACAGCAGCCGUUUGGAGGCGCGAGAGCGAGUGGGACGAAUGAUAAGGCAGGGAGUAUUAAUUUGAUGACGAGGUUUGUUAGUAUGCGGAGUUUGAAGGAGGAGUUUGUUGUUACGAGUAAGGUUGAGUAUCCUAGUAAUGAGGUUUAAGGGGGGAUUGCUUUUGAGA